CAUCAAUUAUUUAGGUAUGGGGUAAUAAAUUGUUAAGGAAAUGUUGUGGAAGUUAACUUUCUGCCUUACUUUUUAGCGGAUUCUAUAAAUAUGGCAUCUUGAUAACUUUUUAUACUACUGGGAAUUGGAAGAGGAUCGGAAUAUGGUCUUGUUAGAAAAUGCCUAAGAUAACGGAUUACGAUUUUUCAUCAUCGUGAAUCUGACAGGAUUCUUGAAAAAGACGAGAUGGCGAAAGUUACGCCAACAACGCGCCAAAGCAUAAAGAGCGCCCUGAAGGUGCGGACGCCCAGGAUCCCUUCACAAACAUCGGUGAAUGCAGUAAUGGAGUCACAGAGAGUGGAUAAUGUUGGUGCUGUGCCGUUCCCUAAGGAUCAGAUGACACAAGAGGGAGAAUGGAUUCGAAAACAUAUCAGGAAAAAAGUGUGCCGAAGAUUUGUGCCGACGGAAAGUGCUAAAGACGCAUGUGAUGACGUCUUGGCCCCAUUAAAGGUGCCAAAUCAAAAACCUGUGGCAACGCAAAUUUAUGGCGAUCCAACAUGUCGAUGCGGUUACAAGAAAUCAAAACAUAUCCGGGAAGCAAUGGCAGACCCGGACCGGAAUCCUCCGUGGCGGCCCGCGGUCGACGCCAAGUCAAGCCUGACAGAUGCGUUUGGAGAGAUCGAGUUUAUGGGUUUUGGUCAGAAAAUCGGAAAGUAUGUUCGAGUUUCCCAGGACACAAGUACGGACACGAUGUUGAAAUUGCUGAUCGAUAAAUGGGGGUUAGAGAAGCCAAAUCUUGUCAUAUCAGUCACAGGCGGAGCUAAGGCGUUUCAGAUGACGCCACGGUUGAAGGAGGUAUUCAAACGGGGUCUUAUGAAGGCGGCGAAAAGUACAGGAGCGUGGAUUAUUACGGGAGGGAUGCAUGCAGGCGUCAUGAAGUAUGUCGGGCAGGCCGUGAAGGAAUUUGAACUCUCGCAGACGUCAAAAGCGAAAGUCACGGCGAUCGCAAUAGCGACAUGGGGCUGCGUGCAGAAUAGAGAACUUCUGAUUGAUAAACAUGGUAAAUGGCCGGCAGAGUAUCGGAUGGAGCCCUACGACAACAAGAAAGAGCCAGGGAGCGCCCUCGAUAACAAUCAUUCCCAUUUCAUCCUCGUCGAUAAUGGCACUCAGCAUCAGUUUGGCGUCGAGAUCAACUUCCGGGGUCAACUAGAAGGGGCCAUCUCCAAGAUGAAAACCAACACUGGGCAUGACGCAAUUUCCAUCCCUAUCGUCUGUGUUGUCCUGGAGGGUGGUCCGGGUACCUUGGAGACGGUCAAGAGUGCCGUGGAGAACGGAACGCCCGCGGUGAUUGUCCGCGGCUCCGGGCGGGCUGCUGAUAUCCUCGGUUACGCCUUUGCUAAUUCCCGGGCGGAAGAAAUCGAAGUUACAGAUCAGUUUGGCAAAACUCAGAAAAGGGCCACGACCGUGAUGGAUGACGCCCUGAUCCACCAAAUCAUGCAGAUGAUCAAGGACGAGUUAGGCGUCCCAGAUGUUGUCAAAUGUCUCGACUGGGUCAAGCAGAGUUUGCAGAAACGGGACCUAAUCACGGUCUUUCAGUUGGACAGCCCGGAAUCCGCCAAGGAUAUCGAUCUGGCGAUUCUUUAUGCUAUGCUCAAAGCCAAUAAGGAUCAAGCAAUGGAUCAGCUGCGACUUGCCAUUGCCUGGAAUCGUAUUGACGUCUGCAAGGAGAUGUUGUUUACAGACGACAGGCGAUGGGAGCAAAAAGAGCUCCACGAUGUGAUGUAUACAGUACUGAUGUUGGACCGUUAUGAAUUCGCUCAACUCUUCAUAGAAAAUGGCGUCAAUCUCAAGGACUUCCUCACGUUACGUCGUCUGCUGCUGCUAUACAAUGAGAUCCCCAAGAACUCCCUACUUUAUCAGCUGCUUCUCAAGACAAAUAAAGACAAGAGCCAGAAAUACUUCAACUUUAAAGUCAUUGGGAACCUGAUACACGAACUGAUGGGCGACUUCUAUCACCCCCUUUACCUCCGAAACGAUCGCUAUAAGAAGGUGGACGCGGAAUUGGUCUUGUCAAAUACAGUGGAGAAAACGGCAAGCGUCACUAGUUUUGUUGCACUGAUUCGAGAUGAUGCUCAGAUCGAUCCCGACACCGGUUUAAUCAUCAUUCCCACCGACUUUGACGACCCAUCACGGGAGUUGUUCAUCUGGUCCGUCUUGAUGUUACGCAAUGAUUUGUCGGAAGUGUUCUGGGGCGAGGGAAAGGAUGCGAUUCCCGCUGCAUUAACUGCGUGUAACCUGCUCAAGGGCCUGCGUCUAAAGACGCAGGAUACAGAGAUACAGAAAAAAAUCGACAUGAUGAUAGAACACUACGAAGGCCUAGCUCUUGGAGUCCUGAAGGAGUGCUACCAGGCGGACGACCAGAAGGCCCAGUUACUCCUCGUGCGAGAGUUACCAAACUAUGGGAUGGCAACGUCACUACUCUUGGCGGUGCACGCAGAUAACAAGAUCUUUAUCUCGCAUUCGUGCUGUCAGAGUCUGUUGAACAGCAUCUGGCGCGGGAAGAUGACCAAUGACAAUGGACCAUUUAGGGUUUUCGUCUGCGUGUUCUUCCCAGUAAUGGUGCCAGCGCUGAUCUUCUAUCGGGAAGAUGAACCCAAGGCCGCCGAGGUUCUGGACAUUGAGUUGGAGGAAGAGGCGAAAAGAAUGAAACGUAGACAGCUAACAAAAACAAACACUACUGGUUUGACACGUCCAUCUCUCCAUCACAUGGGCACAGACAGCUUCGAGUUAAACGACACUAUUGAUGGAAAUAUGGUGCUAGAAGAGACGUGGAGCUCAGAGAAUUUACAGGAUAGCGGAAUAGAUCUGCGCGACUCGGGGAAGAAGCUGACUUGCUGGGAACGGAUCGUGACGUUUUUCAGCGCUCCCAUGAUCACCUUCAUCUACAACUGCAUUUUCUACAUCGCUUUCCUGUUGCUGUACAGUGUGAUCCUCCUCGUGACCUUCAAUCCGACGGUCACCGCGGAGGAGAUCGUCCUCAUGGUCUGGGUAUUCACGUUAUUUGCCGAAGAAGUUAGACAGAUUGCGCAAGAUGAUGCCAGUAGCAUCCGGCUGAAGUUAUGGAGUUACAUCACCGAUAUUUGGAAUAUUCUGGAUGUGAUAACGUUACUGCUGUUCCUGACUGGGAUGAUUUUGCGAGCGAUCCCGGACAAUACGUUGACAUUUCGCGCAGCCCGGAUCGUCUUGGCGAUCAAUCUCCUAACGUUUUAUUUGCGGUUGUUACACAUCUUUUCGGUGUUCAAACAACUUGGGCCGGUCCUGGUGAUGAUUGGCCGAAUGAUGGUUGAUCUGCUAUGGUUCAUGAUCAUCUUGAUGGUGUUCAUGGUCGGUUUUGGCGUCGCCCAGCACGCCAUCCUCUACCCUAACGCAUCUGCCGAUGGCAUCUUGGUCCUGAAUGUCAUCAGGAGGUCCUAUUGGCAGAUGACAGGAGAAAUAGAAAUGUUUCUUGGAGAACUUGAAUUGUCAUGUUCGAAUGCUCCCCAGUCUCAGGAGGGGUGCUCUGUCGAGGGCAUCGUCACCCCGAUCAUGAUGGGCAUGUACAUCCUCUUCACCAAUGUACUCAUGUUCAAUCUACUUAUUGCCAUGUUCAGUUACACAUUCAGUAAAAUACAAGAGAACACCGAUCUGCACUGGUACUUCCAGCGCUAUUUCUUAAUCUACGAGUACUACGAGCGGCCCGACAUAGCGCCUCCGUUGAUAUUCAUCAACCAUCUGUACCUGCUCAUGAAAUGGGUUGUUCUCAAGGGUUGCGGACGUUGCUGCAAAAUAAAGGGCAGACAGAGAGGGUUCAAAAUGCGUUUUGCGGACAAUGAAGAGAAACAGUUGAUUCUGUGGGAGAACAUGAACGCUGAUGAAUACCUCCGGAGGAAGCAGAUAGUCGAGAAGGAGAGCAUCGAACACAGAGUCAGAGAAACAAAAGAGAAGGUUGAUCAACUUUUCUCCCGCUUCGAUGAACUUCAGACAGACUCCAAACAAUCGGCGAGCGAUGCAUCUAGUGCCAAGGCAGUCGUGGUGGCCGGGGCAGUUGAACAAAGUGUACCUCUGGCAGUGGAGAAAAAGCUACAGUUCUUGGAGGAUCAUAUGUCGCGAACUUCCAAAGCCCUCGAUUGGAUAAUCGCAGCCAUGACAGAAAACAAGAUGGGUGCAAAAUCUGGGCCACCCAAACUGCCCGACAUGGAGAGAGAGAAGCAGCUUGUCACAGACACGCCUACAUGUAUAAUGUCCAAUACAUCUGAAGAAAAACAAAAAGAGGAGUUGAAAGCCAAAGAGGUGAAAAAGGUCGUAGAACAUAAUAUUGACCUUCAGGUCAAAUUAAACGUACGGUCUAGGACUUCACCAUAUCCACAGUCGGUCCCACCUGUACGGCGAUUUGAACUCCCUGAUAGUAAAGUGUCCUGGAAGGAACCGUUCCCGGAAUAUGCACCAGUCAAUUUCACACAUCCAGACGUGUUGCGUUUGAAACCACAUUGGGCCGAUGUGGAUCUGCUAGCUUUCCAAAAUGUAGAAAGCCGACCUGUCAUCUUAUUCAACGAGUAUGACAAUCUUCACUCAGUCAGUAGGAUAAGUUUCGAGGGGCCAUACGUCGUUGAAGACAGUAUCCCGAAGAAUCCAUUCGGACGCACAGGGCUGACGGGCCGAGGUCUCUUGGGCCGCUGGGGACCGAACUUUGCAGCGGAUCCAAUUGUCACAAGAUGGAAGCGUGACAUCAAUGGACAGCCCGUUUAUUCUGAGGGAAAGAAAGUGUUGGAGUUUGUUGCUGUUGAGCGGAAGGAUUCCAAACAGUGGGCUCUUCCUGGGUCUAUCACCAACAAGACGCGAGAAGACCAGGUCUACGAGUGUCUCAAAGCCGAGUUCACCCAGGAGGCCAUGAGUACAUACGCUCAGGACAAGAAACAGCAGGCAUCUGUUCGACUUAAACUUGACAACUUGUUUAAAACUGGAGGAACAGUGGUAUACAAAGGUUACACGGACGACCCGCGCAAUACUGACAACGCCUGGCUGGAAACUAUCGCAGUCAAUUACCAUGACGACGACGGCCAGACACUGAAUCCAUUCCAACUGCGGGCCGGUAACUCAGUGGAAGCAGUGGGUUGGCAGAUGGUGUCCUCCUCAGAAAUACUCUACGGCGGCCAUCUUGCCUUACUGAAGAAAGUUGCAGAAUUACGGGACGCUGCUUUCUGAAACAGCAAUUAGGACUCAAAACGAAUACUUCAGCUGUUGGGAUAGCCUGCUGAAGAUCCUUGUCUAUAAAGGAUCCUUGAAAAAGCAUAAUAAAAUAGCAAUUUUGAUUACAGAGGAAUCUCAAUCAUCUGAAGUCAAGAAAACUACAUAUUUGUUGGUUUUUAUGAAUCAAAAUGUGCUUUAAAUGGUCAUUUUAUCGGGGCACGCCAUUCGUUAUUACUGGUAGUCCAAGAAAAUGGAAAUGCAGUCACACACAGUGCUGUAAUGCAGUUAUUGUACAUACGAAUUUAUUGAAGCUCCUGCCUAUUGUCCACCUUUAAUACGAGUUAUACAUGGUCAGGUUAUCAUAUGCUUGUAUAUUUGUACAUGUAUAUCAUAUAAUAUCACUAUUUAAAACCAGUUUGUACUUUUUUAUUUGUACAUAUCAUCUGUUUGUUAAGUCCAUUUCAUUGCCAGACUUGGGUCCAGUAUGCGGACCUGUUAAUCAUAACAGAUAAAUUUUGACACAUGCGGUUUUGAGCUGUUAUUUGAAUGAACCUCAUGUUGUAUAUUCUGUUUUUGUAUAAAAUCAGGUUGCAAGGUACAAAAUUAGUGUACCUGCCAGGAUUUGUUUGAGGGAACGUUUUUGGGAUGGCCAAAAAAAAAUUUUAAGAAUUUUUUUAAUGUUUCAUUUUAGACUGUAAAUAUCCUCUUGGACCGUUACAAAACAUGUCGGCUCAUGACAUCAUGCUGACAUGUUGUUACAUGUGCAUUGAUGUGCAUUGAUGUACAUGAAACAACAUAUCAACAUAUGUUGUAAGCUAACAUGCUUUCUCACAACCGGACCUAGGUAAUUAUACAAUUCUAUGUCUUAAAUGCAAAUCUUACCCUGAUAGAAGUAGAAGGUACUGAUACGCACCCUCAAAUAGAUACCAUACCCAUUGAUGGAGACCCAGAAAAUUGAAUCUUGGCACUUUUCUACAAUGUGGCAUUCAUCUCCGUCCAGUUACCAGUAGGCCUUAUCAAGAAUUAAUAAAGACUAGUCUCUAUCAAUUCUUGCUUGUAUUAUGUACAUGUAUAUUACUAAAACAAUAAAUUGAACAUCAGUAUUAUAAUUCUUGGAGUAUAUAUUAUAAUUCCUCUUAUUAUGUCAUUGAUUCCGUCUAAGGAUAUUUAAAAUGCAAAGAAACGAUUAGAUAGGUCUUGGUUGACGUCUUGUUUGGCCCAAAAAUGAAUGAUGUUGUAGAUUUGACACUCUCAAAAAAUUAGUCAUGCCUGCAUGGCAGAAUGCAGACUUAUUGAUAAAUUGCAAUGAGGUCAGUGAUUGAUUGAUUAGGACCACCCACUCGGGUAGGCCUACUUGACCAGUAAUCUCAUUCAACUGAAAAAUGUUGGCCAACGAAAUAGAACUCUGAUAAGCACAACUCUGAUAAGCACUGGCCACGUCUGCAUGGAAAAUGUUAAUCGAGACCUUGCAUGUAUUGACAAAAUGAAAGUUAUUCAAGUGCCAAAUGAAAGUCGUUGAUUGAAAACAAAGAGUGAGUUUUGGCAAGGUAUUUGCAUGGGCUUUCACUUUAUUUUCAAGUCGGCUUUCACCUUAUUUUCACAAGUGCAGAGUGACAAAUGGUUGUGUCAUUACAUUUGCCUUUCUAUAAACAAUGCGGGUUUCAUCUUGUUGAGCUGGGCAUUUGAAGAACAUGUGAAGUAAACACUCUUUUCAAACAUAUGGGUAAUAUCGAACCUCUCAGAAGGGUGCGGGGGGGAGGUUGUUUGCUUCUAGUAAACUUCUGGAAAUGGUUGUAUGAUUGAUAUGUGUAAAUGAGGUGAUAAUUGGUAUUAGGUGGUUAGUGAUAAGUUUAAAAACUCUCAGAGAGAUAGUCUUACAUAAACUAUGGCGUAGGCAACAAACAAACACACAACACUCUGUGAUAUUAUUGUUUUAUCCUGAUAUUUUCCUAUUGUAUUUUUAUUUCUGAACUUAGGAAAUGUGGAUUUGUUCUGCAGUGAGAGUAUUUCAAAAUAAAAUUC